AUGAAAAAUUUGGUUUAUUACACAGAUUGGCUUGCCAGCCCAUCGGGGCCAACUCAAUCUAAUUGGAGUGGUAAUUGGAGCGGUUUACUCAAGACUUUUUCGAAAUCUUCAGACGAGCCUGAAUUAUUCGUCACAUGGGAAAUUGGACCCUAUCCAUUGGCUAGCAAUAGAUGCACAACGUGGCGAAAUACUUACUCAGCAAAUGGAACUCUUCAAAUGAAGAAAGAAUACCGAUUUUGUCGAGGACAAGGUUCAGACAUGCUAUAUAUUGAUGAGAGUAAUGGCAUGACAAUUGUCGCUCAAUGGAUUGAUAACAUAUUAGUACAUCCAUUCACAUAUGACGAUUUUAUUGCUGUUAAUCUUAUUCGAAUGCGUGGAGACAAUUUGGAAGAAGAAAAAUUAAUUUUCGAGGAUAAGCCUGCUAUCAAUGGCGUUAUUUCCAAGCGAGCACUUUCUAUUCAACGCCUAACAAUGACUCGAAUUACUAUUGAACAAUGCAAUUGA